AUGCUUCGCAAAUUGCGAAGUGCGAGCCCUGACAUACUUAGCACUUCAGUUGCUUUUACAGUAGAAAUAUUUCUUAUUGUACUGUUUUUGUUUGACAAACUAGAUGAUGAUAUGAAUUUUGAUGAUUUUUCGUCAAUGAAGAAAAAAAAGAAGAAAAAGAAAAAGAAGGGUUUUGAAGAUGGACAAGAAAAUACAGAGGUACUUUCUUAUUCACCGUACUGGCUGUUUUGCUCUUGAAAAAAUACUGAAAAUCAUUAUAAAAAUAACACCAGGGUUCAAAAUAACGAUUCGUGAUUUAUGAAUCAAAUUGUGAUUUUCACAAACCGAGUUUCGGAAAAUUCAUAAAAAAAACACAAACCAACAUUUUGUUAUUAAUUAAUUUUAAACAAAUCAUCCUAGAUAUGUUUUUCUUUUUAUAUGUCUGGCAAAGAUGUUCUUGCAAUUACUGUAAUUAAACAAUGAUGUAGUGGUAUUAAAAAUUUGCAUUGAGAAUUUGACAUGCCAAUUUCACUGCAAAAUAUUUUUGCCUUCAGCAAAACAUACAGUAUGUUAGGUUUACAAUAAUAUCUUUAUAAUGAAACUCUGUAAAACCGCGUAGUUUUGAAAAUGGGCGUAACAGUCCAUAGAUCGAUUUUCAUAUUUUUUACUGGGGUGGUGCCAGAAAUUUUAAGGGGGUGAGCCGUGAGCAGGUGACUGAAGCAACACAAAGUGUCACCAAACCCCAGUAAGGUCUAUAUUCUAGGGGUGGAGCACUAGAGCCGCGAGUGGGAAUCUAGAGAGCCGAAAACAAAGUAUCCCUGGAAAAUUUUGAAAACUAAUCAUGAUUUCUAGCUUCGAAAAAACGUUUUUUGAAGUUGUCAUAUCAAUGGAUUUGGCCUGUCCGAUUGUCUGUUGAGACUUGAGAGAGUUAAAUUAAAUGAACGUGUAAAAGUGUAAACGCAAUAGGCCAAUACACAAUAUGCUUUUACUUUAAUUUAUAAAAUCAUUGACAUUGUGUCGUUUGAAUCCGAGUACAAUUUAUGAUGCAACUCCGAUGCAAAUAAUAUUUGGGACGUAAAGAUUAAAUCUAUAGGCAAGACUAUUUCCUAAAAGAAUUAAAAACUAAAAAUAAUGUUCGUAAAAUUUCCAAACGUUCCUUGCAAGCAAGCUAUUUGCAUGACAAGGCACUGCAAACUCUGUUCAGGGGAGAUAAUAGAGUUUCAAAACUUUACAAUUGGUCUUUUUCUAUUUGAGUGUACUCCUACAUUUAUUUUGUAUCAUCAUCAACACUCUCCACGUUGGAGUGGACUAUUUAAUUAUUCUUUACUAUGCCGAAUAUUGGGGGGGUUGAAAAUUUUUUUGGAGGGGUGGACAUUUUGUUUGGGGGGGGGGGGUUAUAGCUAAUAUUGGGCGGGGGUAGCACCCCCCACAAAAUCCGUCUAUGUGUAACACAAUCUCAAAUUACAAAUUCAAGGAUACAAAAUUUUACGUGCUGUAGACACACAGAACACGAUUUGAAGUUUAUAAGAAAGUGUGAUUUUUCGAUAUUGAUUGACCCUGUACCUGGUAACAGAUAACUUUGCUUCAUGGUUUACGGUUUUCAAAGAUUUAGAAUUUUAAAAUUUCCUUUCAUAGUAUAUUUUGAAAAGCUGUUUCACAUUGCAGUAAUAGAUUUACGUGGCGUUUCCACAAACAAAAAGUAUUAUAUGUUUUAUCACCAUGCAAACCUACAAAGAACUUAAUUGUAGUUUUGAAAAACACACGCCACUGAAAAACACACUUGUGAUGUGGGUUUCCUGAGUAAAUAUAAUUAGUAUUGUUUGCUAAUGGACCAAUCCCCAAUUAACAAGAACUCAACAAGUCUAGACAAAAAUUUCAUCACAGCUUGAAAGAGCAUCACAAAAUUAGUAAUAUUCCAAAGUUUUGUUGUGAAAUGUUGUAAAAUGCAGAUAACAUGGGCGUACCGGCGGGGGGCUGCCGCCCCCCCCCCCCCAGUUUGUUGGGCAGUCGGGCAAUAUUCGCUGAACAGUCGGGCAAUUUUGGUGUAUUAAAAAAAGAAAUGAGACAAAUUCUGUAAAUUUUGUGGUCAAUUUUGUGAUGUUUCCAAAAUUUUUGUUAGGUUCCGGAAAAUUUUUUAGUUGGGCAAAAUCCGAAAAAGUCGGGCAAAUUUCUCUCCGCCCCCCUAAUUUUUUCCUUCCGGUACGCCCAUGGCGGAUAAUAUAGCCUUGUGAAGUUUGUAAUUUUCAGUCAUUUUGUAUUAUGCACGGAAGUGGUAACCAUUUCCCGUUUGUAAUACAAAAUGACUGAAAAUUUGCAAGGAUCUCUAUAUUAUCCGCAUUUUACAACUUUUCGCAACGAAACUUUGGAAUAUUGCUAAUUUUGUGAUGCUCUUUCAAGCUGUGAUGAAAAUUUGUUUUAUCUAUGCAUGGGAUUGGUCCAUUGGGGUAGACCAGCUGCGCACCACACAUACACAGUUAUUGGAUAAGGUUUUGUGAUAUCCUAAAUUAUCAAGGCCAAGGUAAGUCAUAUCAGUCAAGCCAAAGUCAGACUGAUAACACUUAUCAAAACAUUGAUAAUUCUGUAUAUCCCAAAAACCGAAUUCAUGUACAUGUUUGUCACUGAUACACAGAGGCUUUUUGUGUAGGAAGGAACAAAGGAAGCCGUGGAAAAUAAUGACGAGAAUGGAGUGAAAGAAGAUCAAAUUGAUGAUGAUGGGACAGACUUUUCAUUACCAAUGAAGAAGAAGAAAAAAAGAAGGCCCCAGGUAUGUUCACCUAAGGAGUUUACAGUGACAGAGUUAUAACAUAUUUUCCAUUUUAUAAUUGGAACCCACAAAAAAUGUGGCUGCAGAAUAGUUGAAUAGUUUUGUUUUCAUGCUUGCAUUUUCAUGCUUGCCAUUCUUUCUUCCGAAAUUAGUUUCAACCAAGGUGUUCAUUCACUGCCAUGCACCUUAUAGAAUACUUUAAGAAUAACAGUUUUUCAAAGUAUAAAUAUGAUAGCAUGUAUUCUCUUCGAGAAAUUAAAUGUUAAAAAUUUGUUUGCGCCACAGUAGAUUUAGAAACCUAGUCUCAUUUUGGUGUUUUUGCUACAUUUCAAAGGGUAGAAUUUGCGUGGAUUGUUUUUAAUAUCCGGGGCUCAAAAUAACGGCUGGUCACCGGUCAAUGUCCUGGCCAAAUUUUUAAUAUGAUCAGUCAAAUUUGUAUGACGCCGGUCAUAGUGACCGACCAGUUUCCAGGGUGCGAUAAUUCAAUAUUUUUAGCCGUACCGGACUGGUACUCCAACAAUUUUUGCCGAGUACUUGAGCUGGUACAAACUUACAAGUCAAGGUGUACCUAUAGGCUACUUCCGAGUCUUAUAAUGCAUGCACGCGGACUUUGACGGGAAAAAUUAAACCUUACUGAAUUUAUAUAUUUACGUAAUUUAAAUACGUUUACUAGUACGCAAUAUAUCGCACAUAAAACUAAAUGCUCCACAUUUAUUCAUUUGGUUAGUUCAUGAUUAAACAUUUUAAUGGAUUUGCUAAUAACAGGAAAUAAAAGUUAACAUUUCCAACAGCCUAAAGCGUUUAGAUCACAUUGAAUGGUUUAAAUUACUGGUUUAAAAGCAAAAAUUAUGGACAACUUUGUAGAAACAAAUCUUUAAUGGUAUUUGUACGACAUAACAUAACAUAACAUAACAGUUUUCAAAGCGUUGUUGCGACUCGAAUGCCAUCGCCAGUUACAGUAGAUUUACCGAGUGUGCUAACAGCCUAACCUCGUCAUUCGGGAAUUGGUGAAUCCUUCACUCUAAUUGAUACCACUCUAAUUGAUAACGCCAAAGUUAACAACCUUGUUCGAUCCCAAAAUAUGUCGGAUAUGUGGAAUUUACAUGUACAGCUAAAGUUAUUGACGGUUUUGAAUAUCUUGUGGAAGGUUUGAUAGUUAUUGCUAGAAGGAAAGUGUAAGUACGCGAAUAGCAAAUUCCCGUGUAUACCUACGUGGUACUCGGCUAAAAACAAAGAAGUACCAGACCAUAAUUUAGGCGUACCUCCGGUACUUUGGUACGCGAAUUAUCGCACCCUGGGCCCCCGACUACAUUUUGGCUCUGGGAACGAGAUUGAUUUUUGUGCUGUUGUGGGCUGACCCGUUAAAUAGUAUGCAAGGAUUUUCUUCCUAUUAAACUUUUCAUUCGAAUUUAAGUUGUUGAAUUUCUUAUGCCAACUGCUGGUCAGAUAACUUAUAAUAGAUCAAAUUAAGAUACGAUGACGUUCAUAUUUAAAACUUUAAUUGUGUUAUAGUUAUACUGCGUGCAUCUCGGCAUCAACAGAAUCGACAGUCACAAUCGACAGUCAGACUGUUUGUCAUAGAUACUUUUCACUGAGAGUAAAUUUCCAUUUGGUGAAAAAUGCCUGACAUUGUAUAUGCUGUUUAAAUAUAUGUACAUGCAGUUUGUAUAAUAAUAUUUUAAUAUUUUAUAGGCAAAAGAAAAUGAAAUUGAGCCAGGUAUUUCGCAGUUAAAUUACUGGUCCUUUUAGGAUCUUGAAAUUAGGAUUUUGUUAGAAUUUUAAUGCCCAUAACUUUUUUUUUACACAUACUGUAAUAACAUUUGGCAAAACGAGCAUCUCACUUAGUUAUUGUCUGUCUUGUGCGUCGUAAAACACACAUGAACUUCGGUGAAAUGAUUUUCUCAUUUUUGCCAGCAAAGAAUGUUAUAAAAAUACAGGGGGCUGAAACGUUAUGUAACACCUGUGUGCAUGUCAUGAGGUAGAGUUUGGUCGUGAAAUCAGAAGCAAACAAGUUUUAGGCCUAAUAUAUAUACAGUACAGUAUGUUAUGAAUGUGUCAUUAUUAUAAAUUAAAAUUAUAUACAAUAAUGUAAUUGUAGAUGAGCAGGAAAAAGAAGGAUCUCAACCAGAUUACGCUGACAGGGAAUACACAUACGAAGAGGUAGGCUAUGUCACAUCUUGUUGCACAGGCAAUUUUAUUAAUACCAUACAAAUUCUUUUGAUUGAUCUGUGAAAACGUAUAGGGUGUGUAUAGUUGCAAAUGAGUAUUUGAAAAAACUGAGAAAUCAAGACAUGAUGGCCCAUUAAUUAUUGUAGUCGACUGACUCAGCUCAGGCUUUUAUAACUUCGUACACUUUCUCAAGGACAAAGUGAUAUUUACCCAUACCAUAACUGGGAGUUUUGACUUUUUAACUUUAAUUAACUAGAAAUACAUGCAUGCAAUAACCCCUCGCCUGUUUUCAAAAGAUGUAUACUCAGUGCCGUUGCGAGCACUUCGUCUCAGGGGGUGUGUGAGGUUAGAUAGAGGGGGGUAGGGGGGUGACCAAAAUGUUUCCAGAUAUACAAAAAAUUUUCAGGACAUAUAAUAAUUUUUCCAAAAAUACAGUUGUUUUCCAAAUUCACUUUCUCAUGUCCUGAGAAUUACCUGAAUUCUCCUGAAAAUCUUCUGCAAAUCUACUUAAUUUUACCUAACAGUGCACUGGAAAUCUACCUGAAAUUCCUUAUGAGCAAUUAUCAGGGGUGUUGCACCCCCCCCCCCCAGUGAGUUCCAAGCAAACACUCUGUGAUUUAUUGUUCCUGUAUUUCACCUCCCAAAAUAUUGUGCAUCAUACUAUACAGCAUUUUGCUGUUGUCAUGCUCUAGCAUGGUUCAAAUUUAUGAAUUUUUAUUAUAUAAAGUAUAGUGUUUUACAGAGAUUUCAAGCACUGAUAAAAAUGAUAAUCUCACAUGUGAAAUUAUUCAUGAUAAUCUCACAUGUGAAAAUUAUCGCCUUUCCAAUUAUCGCUUUUCUGUAAAAAUAAUCGCUUUUCAUUUAAGACUGUCCUUUAUAUAAUAAACAGAAAAAUACAUGGGUGGUUGGAAAUACCAGAUUUAUUUUUCGUGUUGAACAUGACAUCUCACUCGUUCGCUGCGCCCACUUGUUCGCUGCACACUCAUGAUCAACACUCGAAAUAAAUCUGGUAUUUCAUGCACCCAUGUAUUAUUCUCUAUUUAAACUACAACUUGACUGGUUUAAAUUAUUAUCAAGUUAUCAGGGAUUGUAAAAGUUGCAGAUAGAAGUGCUUUGUUUUAUAUUAUUAUCAAGUUAUCAGUGAUCGCAAAACCUAUAUUUAUAAAAUAUAUAUCUAUAAUCAGGUGUGCGUGUUGUGAUAAGGUGGACUUCAAUAAUUUGGAUUCUUGUACUUCACUUGUUGGAAUUAAUAUUAGAAUGUUAGGGUUUGUAAUCCAAGUGAGCAUAAUUAUACACAUUUUAAGACCUAACCAGGAACGACUGCGAAAAAUGCAGCACAAGGUCCUCUUGUAGGAAUUGAACCUACGGCCCUGCGAUUCCGGUGCAGCGCUCUAACCAACUGAGCUAUAUAGAGGCCAUCUGUUGAGCUGUAACCGUAAGUUCAUGUAUAUUUAGGUAAUCGGGUGUGCGGGUUGUGAUAAGGCGGACUUCAAUAAUUUGGAUUCUUGCACUUCACUUGUUGGAAUUAAUAUUAGAAUGUUAGGGUUUGUAAUCCAAGUGAGAAUAUAUACAUUUUAAGACCUAACCAGGAACGACUGCGAAAAAUGCAGCACAAGGUCCUCUGGUAGGAAUUGAACCUACAGCCCUGCGAUUCCGGUGCAGCGCUCUAACCAACUGAGCUACAGAGGCCAGCUGUUGAGCUUUAACUGUAAGUUCAUGUAUAUUUAGGUAAUCGGGUGUGCGGGUUGUGAUAAGGUGGACUUCGAUAAUUUGGACUUCGAUAAUUUGGAUUCUUGCACUUCACUUGUUGGAAUUAAUAUUAGAAUGUUAGGGUUUGUAAUCCAAGUGAGAAUAUAUACAUUUUAAGACCUAACCAGGAACGACUGCGAAAAAUGCAGCACAAGGUCCUCUGGUAGGAAUUGAACCUACGGCCCUGCGAUUCCGGUGCAGCGCUCUAACCAACUGAGCUACAGAGGCCAGCUGUUGAGCUUUAACCGUAAGUUCAUGUAUAUUUAGGUAAUCGGGUGUGCGGGUUGUGAUAAGGUGGACUUCAAUAAUUUGGAUUCUUGCACUUCACUUGUUGGAAUUAAUAUUAGAAUGUUAGGGUUUGUAAUCCAAGUGAGAAUAUAUACAUUUUAAGACCUAACCAGGAACGACUGCAAAAAAUGCAGCACAAGGUCCUCUGGUAGGAAUUGAACCUACGGCCCUGCGAUUCCGGUGCAGCGCUCUAACCAACUGAGCUACAGAGGCCAGCUGUUGAGCUUUAACCGUAAGUUCAUGUAUAUUUAGGUAAUCGGGUGUGCGGGUUGUGAUAAGGUGGACUUCAAUAAUUUGGAUUCUUGCACUUCACUUGUUGGAAUUAAUAUUAGAAUGUUAGGGUUUGUAAUCCAAGUGAGAAUAUAUACAUUUUAAGACCUAACCAGGAACGACUGCAAAAAAUGCAGCACAAGGUCCUCUGGUAGGAAUUGAACCUACGGCCCUGUAAUUCCGGUGCAGCGCUCUAACCAACUGAGCUACCGAGGCCAGCUGUUGAGCUGUAACCGUAAGUUCAUGUAUAUUUAGGUAAUCGGGUGUGUGGGUUGUGAUAAGGUGGACUUCAAUAAUUUGGAUUCUUGCACUUCACUUGGUGGAAUUAAAAUUGGAAUGUUAGGGUUUGUAAUCCAAGUGAGAAUAUAUACAUUUGUAUAUUCUCACUUGGAUUACAAACUAUUCUCACUUGGAUUACAAAAUAUAUACACAAAAUAUAUACAUGUACUAUACAUUUGUAUAUUCUCACUUGGAUUACAAAAUAUUCUCACUUGGAUUACAAAAUAUAUACAUGAUUACAAACCCUAACAUUCUAAUAUUAAUUCCACAAGUGAAGUGCAAGAAUCCAAAUUAUUAAUUUCAAAUGCCCCACCGGGGCUAAGGUUCGAGUGGAAAUGCCCAACCCCCGGGAUGUGCUUUACAGGAAAAUGGCUGGGCGAGGGGGAUGGACACACUUGGAUUUGGCUGAUGCAUUAAAAGUCCUGUGCUUAUUCCAGACUGCUUGUCAAAUAUUUACUUGCUAGAAGUAGAAAUUUACUCUGACCACUGGAUGAAGAAGACAUUAAAUAAGUACUGGUCAAUAAACAGAAAUGUAUUUUAUUUCAUAGUAUUACAAUUUUAUUUUUAUACUAUAAAAAUAAAAUAUAAAUAUGCAGCAUAGAAUAUGCAAAUUCGAGGCAAAAUUAUUGUUGAAUCGGUUUAUUUAUAGGAUUUUAUAACAAAUAGCAACUAUAAAAGUUUGUACCUUGUCUUCACCGAUCGCUUUAUUCUGUUAGCCAAUGCUUUUAAAUUUACAUAUUUUAGAAUCAGUUCCUUUCCCGGUAACUGCAUUUCUAAAUGAAAUCAGAUCAACGUGAGUAGUGAGUGCUGAGCAGGCCGUUUUACUAUAAACAAAUUUUAGGAAUUGAUAACAACUUUGAAAAUUAUAUCGUUGCACAUUCGGUCACAGUCGGAAAAAUGUUCAUAGUAUGUUGUACCGUCGCUUGCAACUAACGAUGAACAGUUGCUCAUAAAAACAUUUGCGUGAUUAGAAUCUCCAAUGUUUGUCAAGAACAACAACACUUAAUUGUUGUUUCCCAUGUGUACAAUAAUAAGUAAAAAAAACUUUGUGUGGUCUGAACGUGUUGGGCUAGAGACCUACUGGAAACCCUUACAGGCUUUUUAAUGAGAAUAGAGAAUGUUUUAUCUGCAACUGUUCACCUUUAGUUGCAACCGACGGUAUUUGACAGCAUAAAAUUGCCUGUGGCUGUGAUAACUGAUAUAAAUAAAAUACAGUCUGGUUAUACUGACUUGAGCGUGUCUUGACAAACUCUUUAUUGGAAAAUUGUGAAGAAACAGUCGAAUAUAGAGGGUCGAAUAUCAUACUUCAACUCGUAUAGCUACAGUAACAUUAGUAGAUUACUACAUAGCGUUGUGAAGACAAGCCUUUUCUUACCUUUCGCUUCACUCAGCAGUCUUUUCCAUGCUUCUCUACGCUUUCCCAGGCGAGCUUCUCUUUCCUCAGCAGUCUCCUCGAGCAAACGUUGUCGUCUUCGCUCCCUCUUUUCGCUAGACGUUCGGCUUUCUUGUCAUUCCUUGCCGCUCUUCAUUUGGCUCCAUAUCUUUUCAAUUGGUAUUUGAUACCAUAAUUGUUUUAUUAAACUUUUUUAUAGAACAAAUUGCUUUGAAAGCUGUCAAAGUUUUUUGCAAACGUACAAAAUACUGUAGUGUAAAAAGCAAAUUAUUUUCAUGGAGUAUCUGUCAGUUGAAGUCGUCAUUUGUCAUACAACAACAAAUUUUAAAUUUGACCAAUCAGUGUUCGCUAUCCAUGACAGUCCGCCAUAUUUUUGAGAUCAGUGAGGAUGACCACCCACUCAACACCGUUGGUCACUCACGCCCGCGAUAUUUGAUGAACUUUAGACUCCGCUAAUGCUUUCGUUUCCCCGGGUGUAAAUAGCCGGGGGGAAUUAGUACCCUCGCACGGCGCUUCGCGCCGCCGGCUCGGGGAUAAAGCUGGAUACAUAAACAAUGAUGAACCGAAAUCUAGUAGUCUAGUAGUUUUUAAAUUUUAAAUUGUAAAUGCACCUUUUACAUGCUGUAACAGAGGUUUUAAUAGCCUAAGAAUUAUAAAAAGAUACAUUUUAUUCGAUAUUUUCUGUUUUUAAAAGUUUGUAAUUACUGAACGUGCCGCCGAGAAACUUAAUUGUAUCUUUGCUGUUGGGCCACGAUCAUUGGCCCCAGCGGUCCCAAUUUUAUCCAUCCCUACACGCCAUGUUAGCCAAUUAAAAAUAUAACCUUUAGUACGUAUACAAUGGGAUUUGGCAGCCAUUAAUGGAUUAUUCCAGCUGUCGACUAUUUUUUUAUCUAGACAAGAAAGACGAAAUUUAUCAUUAUAGCUGAAAAGAACAUCCUAUAAAAUUAGUAAAAUUGCAAAUUUUGGUUGCGAAAUGUUGUAAAAUACGGAAAAUAUAUAGCCCUGUGAAAUUAGCAAAUUUUGAGUAUCUUACAGAUAGUAUUACGCGCGGAACAAUGCACCACUUUCGCCUAUAUUUUCCGUAUUUUACAACAUUUCGCAACCAAACUUUCAAAUUUUACUAAUUUUAGGAUCUCUUUUGAGCUAUAAUGAUAGAUUUCGUCCUUUUUGCCUGGAUCAAAAAUUAGACGAUAGCUGGAAUCAUGUAUUUACUUGGCAGAAUGGGAUAGUCAGAUUGAAUGAAAUUCUCGUGAGUUUGAGAAUAUAAUUUCUUAUAUAAAUCAUUGCGUACAUGUAGCUGUUAACCAGAGCAUUCAAGACAAUGGAAGCAAAGAAUCCUAACGUGGUUGCUGGCGAGAAACGCAAGUUCAUCAUGAGACCACCCCAAGUCUUCAAAAUUGGAACGAAGAAAACAUCUUUUGCAAACUUUGGCGAUAUUUGUAAAAUGUAAGUAUAUUCAGAGAAUACCAGCUGGCAGAAACAAGAUUAACAUUUAGUCGAUUACUUCGCGGUUGGUUACUGCGUACGUACGCCAGAUUUUUUAUACUUAAAUUCGGGAGGGCUUAUGUUCGAAAUGGCCUGAACGUUAGUGAAUGUGGUUGGCUUAUACAGAUGGGGCACGGCUUAUAUUUGGGUGGGCUUAUAGUCGGAGGUUUACAGUACAUAAAACACGCCAAUAAUGUUAAAAUAAGACAAGAACAGUCUUCUAAUUUGUAAUAACUCACUUUCUGAGCUGAAUUGACUUAUCUUAUAUAAGGAAUACCGAAUUACUGUGUAUGUUGGUUUGGACGAGGUGGUCAUGCAGUACAUGAAUCAGCGCAUAUGCAUGUACGCCUAGCGUACCUAUUUUUAUGUACAGAUAUCAAUAGUUUGUUGCUAAUUUGUAAAUUCAUGUACGUGUUGUCGCAGAUAAUAGACCUUUCUUAUAAUGACGUCAAACGCAAUUUUGAGCGACAAUUCCCAAUGCAAAUGAUCUAGACAAAAAUUUCAUCACAGCUCGAAAGAGCAUCACAAAAUUAGUAAUAUUCCAAAGUUUCGUUGCGAAAUGUUGUAAAAUGCGGAUAAUAUAGCCUUGCAAAGUUUGCAAUUUUCAGUCAUUUUAGAUUACAAAUGGGAAAUAGACAGCCCCAAAGGGUUUGGGGCUGUCAAUUUUCCGUUUGUAAUCUAAAAUGACUGAAAGUUGCAAAUUUGGAAAGGCUAUAUUAUCCGCAUUUUACAACAUUUCGCAACAAAACUUUGGAAUAUUACUGAUUUUGUGAUGCUUUUUCAAACUCAUGUGAUAAAAUUUUUGUCUAGACUUGUUUAGAUCAAAUUUUAGUCUAUAGUGCGAAUGGUCAAUUAAGUCAUCAGUAACAAGAUGAAGGACUCCAAAGCUGAUAUCUCCAUCAUGACCCUACAUUUCUGAAUAUUAUGUACAUGUUAUUUUGUUCUUUUUUCCAGUUUGCACAGACAACCAAAACAUUUGCUUGCGUAUUUACUUGCUGAAUUGGGAACAAGGUGAGUGUUUAGUACGGUAUCUCGCGCACUUUCUUUAUUGAUGAUGAAUAAUAUAGAUGAAAAAAAAUACUCAAUUCUGAUUGGCUAAGAGCAGUGCAAUUAUUUUUGAAAUUGCACUUUGUGCUGUCCGUCCUAUUACCUGCAGUGCAGUUCAUGCAGGAAAAGUCAACAUGGCGGCCGCAGAUAGUAGCAAUGUAAAUUUUCACAUUUGUGCCGACUUUUUGCACACUUUCAAUGGAAAAUCGUACAUGAAUAUAACAAUUUAAGUAAAAAGGAGCACAUAAACUGAAAAAGGUUUGCUAACAAGCAAUGAAAACAAUCAGGGCUGUAGUCAGACCGAUAAUUGGGGGGGGGGGCAUAUUCAUAUAUUCGUGUUCUGCCCGACGGAUUUCUUUUGAAAGCGAUUGUUUUUACAGUAUGUGAACAUGAAUAUAAUGAAUAUGCACCCCAAUUAUCGCGUCUAGCUACGGCCCUGAAAACAAUGCUUUUUAGCAUGCUUUUAAGCCAUUUAAAAAUGGCAUACGUGAGUGCACAGGUGUUAUCGAUAUGGUUUCUCGUGCAAUUUGGAAAAACAUAACACUCGUGAGUUUUUCAAAGACCUCGAUUUUGAUCGUCUUUGAACAACUCACUCGUGCAUGUUUUUUCAAAAGUGCGCUCGAAACCGUCCAAUAUAUUACCUAUACUAAAACACACUCAAAGGGGUAGAAUCAAUGUGACUUGUGGGGCAAAUCCGAUUCCUGAGGGGCAAUUUCCCUGCCAGUUAUAGUAGUAAAAGCGGCGGGCCAAAAUGACCGGUUAUGCAAAAGUUUGGCCGGACAACUGCUCGUUUUGGCCGGACAUUGUCCGUUGACCGGCCGUUAUUUUGCGCCCUAUUGGUGAAUGCAGAAUCAAAGGGAGUAUAAAUUGUAUUCCCUUUCCAUGUGCAUUCCAGUACGCCGUAGUUGUGUAAAAAACUGCUACGUUUUUACAUCAAUUGACCAUUUUACAAUUGUUUAUUUUUUUUUGAUUCGGUGAAAAAUGUCUAGGUCUUGUAUUUUACAAGAACAUGACCAUAACACCAUCACAGGUGACUGCUAAUUAUACAUGAUAUAACUUCACUCCCCAUGUUUGCAAAGACUGUAUUUUCUUAUUUCCCAAAUGUGGUUUGCGUAGUAGCUCCUAGUGAAUAAAUAUUUCGAGAAUAAGAAAAUAUAGUCUUGCAUGGGAGUGAAGUUAUACGAUACAUAAUCAGCAGUUGAUCUGUGAGGUGUGUGGUCAUUUUCUUGUAAAAUAUUACAUGCAGACAUAGACAUUUUUCACUCCCCGAUCACCACCCUUAAGAGCAACCAUUCUGAACACCAUAAGAACUUCAAAAAAAUAUUUAGCUUCAACGAUUUAGUAGAUAGGACCAUGUCGUAUAGUGCCGUUUCUGGGUGUGGUCAUUUUUGGACAUUUCGUCCCGGCUUCAGGUUUUGGUCAAUUUGCCCUAAAACAGUUGAGAUUAUCUGUGAAAUACAUGCAAACUCAUAUACAGGUCCUCUGCUACUCAUAGGGGACCUGCAUAUGCACACACACAUCCACUGGUGAGACUUUAAAUUUCCUAACAUUCUGUUUCAGUGGCUCUAUCGACAGUAACAAUCAACUUAUCAUCAAAGGACGUUUUCAACAGAAACAAAUUGAGAGUGUUCUAAGAAGAUAUAUCAGUAAGUGAUAUAUACUUUAUUAUUUGUGAUCCCGGUGGAUUAUUUUUAAAUCCUAGUAAUAUAGAUGAAAAAUCACCCAAUUCUGAUUGGCUAAGAGCAAUGCAAUUAUUGUUGUAAUUGCACUCUGUGUAAUUACUGUAGAGCCUGGAAGCGAGGUAAGAAAAUUCAACAUGGCGGCAAUGUCAAUUUCCACUUUUUAAGGACUUCUUGUACACUUUCAAUUGAAAAGACUGAAAAGGUUUGCUAAGGGACUGGUCAUUAGUGAGCUUAAGCAAGUGACGUUUUUGACAACACGAACGGCAUGAGUAACGUCAGAAGACUGGGUCAAGGGCUGUGAUUGGUGAAAAACGUCAACUUUACUUGCGGUCGACGUCCGUGUUGUCAAAAACGCCACUUGCUUAAGCUCGCUAAUAUUUAUGGCAGGGGGCGGCACCGGAGAGAAAAGGGUUGGGUGCUGUUGGAUUCUAUAAUUAAAUCAGCGAUUCAUCGUCACAAAGGCUCUCGAGAAUCGACAAGCUUGAAGUUGGAUCUGAUCACUUUUUGCGAUUAAAAAUGGAACAAGAACAGACUGUUUAUUGUUUACUUGAAGGAAGAGAUGUUUUUUGUCGUUAUGCCAAUGGGGACUGCUUGUCGUAAAGUGUUGGAAUAGCAACAUUUACCAUUGGGGUAAACUAUAGUAACCUUUGCUUGAGUUUCAUUAAUUUCAAACAGAUUUGAUACGUUUAUAUGUUCCUCAAGAAAAUUAUCUUUUGGUUGAUGUUGAGAAUCGUCUAUUUAUUAUAUAAAGUAUAGCGCUUUAUAGAGAUUUCGAGCACUGAUAAAAGUGAUAAUCUCACAUGUGAGAUUAUUCAUGAUAAUCUCACAUGUGAAAAUUAUCGCUUUUCAAUUAUCACUUUUCUGUAAAAAGUAUCGCUUUUCAGACUGUCCGUUAUAUAAUAAACAGAAAAAUACAUGGAUGCUUGGAAAUACCAGAUUUAUUUCUCGUGUUGAACAUGAUAUCUCACUCGUUCGCUGCGCUCACUCGUGAGAUAUCAUGUUCAACACUCGAAAUAAAUCUGGUAUUUCCGCGCACCCAUGUAUUAUUCUCUAUAUCUAUGAACUUUUAGCACCUGAAACGAGCCAAAUAAUGGCAUUAAAAAUCAAGGACUAUAUAAUUUCGUCGCUGUUAUUGGGCCAUCAACAGUGGGCCUAGCUUGCCAAGUUGAGUUGCCCGUAGCCGAAGGGUACGCCUGAGCCGGCGUCUUCGUAUAUUAGGGUUGAUAGUUGCUGAUCAUGAUAGUGUUUAUUGGUUGUAUUUAUAUGGUCCAGACCUCCUGUAUCUCUAUUUACUUCUACAAGAACCUUCCCGCUUCUGUAAUUUGUUUUGUAUUUAUUUGUUCUAUUUUCUGUAGCGAUUACCGCUUUAUCGGCACAUAUAUCGCGUUAGGAUCCGGUAGAAUUUCGCGUUCCUUCCUUUAUAUACGUCAAUUUGUAGCAAUGGUUACACCUUUCGUUAGAUUCUUUGCAUAAAAGUUGCGAAACUUAGAUCUUAUAGCGAUAUUUGCUGAUAAAUCUGUUUUAAACCUCCGCCUAGUGUGUUCAUACUAUACAAAUUUAAAAUUACCGAAUACAAUCAUUUGACGUACUAAAAUGAAAAUUUCACAACUUUUAUGCAAAGAAUCUAACGAAAGGUUAUCCUUUGCUACAAAUUGACGUAUAUAAACGAAAGAAAGGGGAAUUCUACCGCGAUAUUUGCCGACAAAAAUCCUACAGAAAAUAGAACAAAUUACAGAAAUACAAAACAAGUUGCGGAAGUGGGAAGGUUCUUGUAUUUUGACUGUAAAUAUAUAUACCGCUUGCUAAUCAUCGCAGGCACAUUUGCAGAUAACUGAGUUAUCUGCUAGCAGAUAACUGAAUUUUUUGUAGGUUGCGUGAUUGCGCGAUUUAACUGUAAGCUCUUAGCCAAUCAAAUUGCUUUUACCAACUACAAUGUAUAAUAAUUCUUUUUAUUUUGCAGAGGAAUAUGUCACAUGCCAUACAUGCAGAUCUCCUGACACGAUUUUACAGAAAGAGACAAGGUUGUAUUUCUUACAAUGUGAAACUUGUGGCUCGAGAUGUUCUGUCGCCAGCAUUAAAUCUGGUUUCCAGGCUUUCACAGGACGACGUGCCGCAUUAAAAAGCAAACAACAGUAAAUAUAUAUGUACCAUAUCCGUAUGGGAUCUACAUGGAAUUCUUGAAUUAAUGAAAGAGUACGUCAAGAGAGCAAGUAUAUAGUCGAGAGCAAGUAUAUAGUCGACUCAGUGAACUCUAUAAAAACUGAAACGAUAAGAUGGCGGAAAUUGAAGCCCAUGUCUAUAGGUAUGUCCUAUAAGCCCUUAGCGGGAAUUCACUGAAUUCAGUGGGGAAAAUCGGCAUUAUUUCGGUUUUGCUGUGGCCGUAAGAGCAAUUGGUCUUUCAGAAAAAGCAAAUUUUAGAACACUUCGUAAAAAACAAAGUUAUCGAUCUGACGAGCGAAAAACAAGUUCAGAAAAGAAACCAUGGCGAAAUCAGCAAACGUUUGCCUUUCUGGAUUAUCUUUUGGGUAUUUGAACUAUACACAGAAUAAUAUGUACUGCAGUUGCAUAAAUCGUACCUUUUCAUUUAGUUUUUAGCUUUUAAUUGGGUAUUUACCACUACAAAUGAGCAUCUACGUGCAAAAAUUGAAAGACAUGGAUAGUCCUUUUUCAGCUCCCGCGAAGCCCACGCGAAAUACACGCGUGUUUUCUACCUACAAGAGAUCACUAUUGGUUUCACCCAAUCACAGGGCAUUUUAUGUUGUCGUUCCAGUAUAUUUAUAGAGUUCUGCACUGAGUCCACCUUGUUGUUUUUGGUUUUAAGGCCUGGACAAACUACGAAUUGUUGCAGAAACAUUUGUUUCCUACAAGAAAUUCAGGGGGUUUGGGGAAUUAAAGUCUUUUCAACAUUUCAACAUGCAAUGUUUCCUAGUUUGAUUUUGGCUUUCUUCCCACAUUUUUUCAGUUAUAUUUAAUUACAUAUAAAUUUCACCGAAACCAGGAAUAUUUUAAAAAACCAAAUUGUUUUGUUUGUAUACUAUUAUAAUAUUGUAUUAGAAUAAGGUUGAAUUUUUUAGUUGAUGUGUCAAGUUCUGCAACACCUCAGGCCAAUCCAAUUUAGACUUUAGCUCCCCGUCUCUAAGAAGUGGCCCGUGGUUUUUGCAUUAUUGAUAUGGACCUUGUUUAUGUUAUUUGACGUUUUCGAAAAUAUGUCCAUUCUAUUACUUGUUUUGUAGUAAGUUUUAUGAGAAUAUACGAGAAUGACUUUAUGACUCGUCGCUUGAAGAUGUUAGGAUUCCGACGUUUUUCAUUUGCAAAAGCAGCAAGCAUGCUGUUAACCGGUAAAUGCGUAUCAUAGUUGAAAUUACGAGUAUUUUACAAUGGACUUUCCUAUGUUCAGAUGAUGACAUCAUGACAGAAUUAUUAAUAGUGUUAUUUUUUGGAUUCUCCAUAAUGACUAAAGGCGGAUUUCCAGUCCUUGCACGAAGCUCCUCGCAGCUCGCUGCGAGUGCUUGCAUCUAAUUAAAAUGAACUGUUUAGCAUUGUGAUUGAUGAAAGUGCUCAUGCAUGGACUCGCAGCGAGCUGCGAGGAGCUUCGUGCGAGGACUGGGAAUCCACCUUCAUGCAGUGAUAAUGGCCGACCACAUGCGCUCGUGAAGAGAGGCCGGAUGGGGAACUAAAAUCUCAUUUGGAGUGGCCUUAAUGUGUGUGUAUUACUUGGAAAUCACUAUUCUUCCUAUUGUAUUUUUGUAGAAGUAAUUCGGCAUAAUUAAAUAAUAAACUUCAGUCUCUGCAUGGGACUAUGGAAAUAAGCAAUUUUUUAAGGCUGGUUUACACUUGG